AUGUUUAUCAAUACCACCAAGGAUGAUUCUUGGUCGGUUUGUUCGGGGGUGAUCGAUCAAGUAGCGGGGCAUGAGCAAGUUUCUCGCCUUAGCUUGGAGAAUAUCAUGCAGCACGAGUUCGUGGGCGACACCAAAGACGGCGGCAUUGCGCUCUGCUUAGCUGACCCCGAUGGCCACUCAAUUCCUCUCUUCUGCCAGGAGUCCGCUGGAGCAACCAUUGAGAUGACAGUCGAUCCCGGUCGAGGUCUGUCUCAUCCGUCAGGCACCAUCCACAGUGUGGUCCCGGAGGCCCUCGGAGCAGCAAAUCAUAUAGGCGAACUCAGCGCGGGCUGCCAUUGUGGAGGGGUCACCUUCUGGGUUACUCGCCCAAAUGCUGCUUCAGAGGCAUGUUCCUCGCCUUACCCUGACCUGCUUCUUCCAUAUCAUUCGUCAAGCUCGGCAAAUCCAGCAGACGAAAAGUGGUGGCUGCGAGCGAACAAAUCGAAAUACCUCGCCGGAACUUGUGCAUGCAGAUCUUGUAGGCUUGGUUCUGGGUCUCCGAUCCAGACCUGGGCUUUCAUUCCCAGGACUAAUCUCGUGCAGUCUGAUCGCAAGCAGAUAGAUUAUGGUAUGGGGGCACUCAAGGAGAUCGAGAGUUCCAAGGGUUGCUUUCGCAAUUUCUGCGGCACUUGCGGUGCAACAGUCUUCUGGCAUUGUCAGGAAAGACCUGAUCUGGUGGAUGUGAGUAUAGGUCUGUUGCGAGCGGAAGAGGGCUCAAGGGCAGAAACAUGGCUUCAAUGGUGGACUGGAAGGGUCAGCUUCAUAGAGGACGCCCUGGAUCAAGUGUUAAUUGGUAACCUACAAAGAGGGUUACCCAGGAUUAAGGUGGAGGGUUAG